CUGCUUCUGAAAUUACUGAUUCCUAUAUUGCUGCUGCUUUCCCUCGUGCUCGCAGUGCUCGACGACGCCGACGCCGGCCUAGUCCUCCUCUAUUGUGCGGCCCUGGUAGCUUGCUCUUUGGGCUCUGUCAUCUAUGAGCGGUCCCGCGGACCAGGGCCGACAGUUCCAGGGUGGCUCUCAGCCAUCUGGAGAUCCUGCAGCCCCAGCCUACAUGGACUUGGACUCGGAGUCUUAUGAACAGCUCGCUGCAUCCCAGAAUAAUAGCGGACUUCCUCCUUCUCCUCUCAGCCGCUCUCACUCCCCCGACCGGUCCAAGCCACAUAGAGCUUCGACCGUUAGUUCCCCUCACAACCAAGAUCAGAGGAGACCCAGGGGCGAUGACCACCUUCACGCUCACAGCGAGGAUCUCAACCACUAUAGCUCUCGAACACCUGAUGACGUUGCUGCAUCCGAUCAGCCUUCCUCUCGUUCCCAGACUUUGUUGACUGCUAGCCGGCCGACCACACCAUCAAGUUCUAGCAACAAUGCUUCCUCUGAACAUUCGCAUUCGUCGAAGCCUCGUCGUGGAAGCAUCCAUUCAGACUCCUCCCUUCAUUCAGACUCGUCUAUUCCUGACGGCAGCGCACCAGUAGGGACAUCAACCACUCAUACUAGUGCAAGCGUUGCUUCCACACCAUGUUCUGCUUGCGGUAAAGCCAUGCAAGGCGCGUUCGUUCGUGCUCUAGGAACUGUGUAUCACUUGCAAUGUUUCAAAUGCAUGGACUGUGGCACUGUCGUCGCGUCGAAAUUCUUCCCUAUCGAUGCUUCCGACGGGAAACAACAUCCACUGUGUGAGCGGGACUACUUCCGGCGCUUGAACUUAAUUUGUGCCAAGUGCGGGAUGGCUUUGCGUGGUAGUUACAUCACAGCGUGCAAUAAAAAGUAUCACGUAGAGCACUUCACCUGCUCUGUAUGUCCAACGCUGUUUGGCCCACAAGACUCCUAUUAUGAGCAUGAUGGAGACGUGUUCUGUCACUAUCACUAUUCCACUCGAUUUGCCACGAAAUGCGCGGGUUGCAAUAGUGCUAUUCUCAAGCAAUUUGUGGAAAUCAACCGGAAUAUGCGAGAUGAGUGCUGGCAUCCAGAAUGCUACAUGAUAAAUAAGUUUUGGAACGUCAAGGUUGUUGCUCGACGACCCGCCUUGCCUCCGAGCACUGAAGAUGUCGAUGCCAAGCCAGAGGAGCCGCCUUGGGCUGAAGAAGAGCGCAGGGAAACGUCUGACUCCUUGAGAAACAAGCAGAUUCGCAUGGAGCAGCAGGUUUAUCGCAUCUGGACCGUUCUAUCGGCCUUCGAAGAGUCUAGCGCCGCAUGUAUCUCAGACAUGUUGCGGCAGGUCAGCAACGGGCAAUACCUUGAGGCCAUACGAAUGGCCGAGAAAUUUAUCCUACACGUUGAAGUCCUGUUUGCUACGAUCGAUGACCUUGAAUGGCACUUUUCACGGUUAAAACUCAAAGGAAUGUCGCACGUCCGGGAGGCCAGGAUGCUAUGUCGUAAGACGGUGGAUUUAUUCACAUUGCUAUCACAUACGCAAGAGACCGGAGCACGACGAAUGGGCAUGACGCAGGAGCUAUUAGCCUUAGUUACCGGACUUGCGCAUUACCUCAAGAUCCUCAUUCGUAUAGCGUUAACGGGAGCGCUCAAGCUAGAAAGGGAGCAGAACGUCCAAGAGGCGAUCACAUCCUUCCUUGACAAACUACACGUGCUGGCCAUUCAAGGAGGCAAUCCGAGCGCUAAGCGCAUGAUGAAGCGUGCUAAUGGAGAAGUCGUGACACCCACUGAAAGCGGUAACAUAGGCACACAAGGGGUCACUUACGGGUUCAAGAGUCUAGCACCAGAGAACGCAGGAGAAUCUCCGUUUGCGAGCUCACGAGAUCCGGUGCUAGCGAAGGUCAAUGUGGUCAAUCCUCCUUCUGACCUUUGUGUCAAAUGCAACCAAACUGUAGAAGAGGACUGUGUCCGUCUCGGCACAUACCAGCGCUGGCAUUCGCAGUGCGUCCAAUGCGCUACAUGUGGUAAGGUUGCGGCUGCUCCUGUACCGAAGGAACCUCCUCCACCGAGGAGUCCCGAAGAUCAAGACAAAGAGGAGAAGCCACUGAAGUUGUCGACAGCACGGAGACCGCCAGCAAAUGCCGGUUUGUUUGUCUUUCAAGUCGACUCCAUGAAGGAGACAGCUUCCUUCGGCGUUGUUCCUACGGUGAUCUUCUGCACCGAACAUGGGCAUGGUGGGUGUCGUACCGGAUUCCAAGCUGUAUCGCGGCUGGAACAAUACGCGUUCCUGCUGAACGUUGCGCUGCGUCGGCUAUAUGUGCUCCUCAAGAAGCGUGGGGUUGUCCAGCUUGCGCCAGCUCCUUUGUCAAGUCAGAACCUCAGAUUGCGGGAGGACGACCCGUAUCGCAACUCGAGUGAAAUCAAUAGGCUUAAGUCAGUCCACCUAGACCGCAAGCUCUCUGCCACCGCGCGUGUGCCUAGGCGAUCGACGGUCGUGGAGAGCCCAACGGGUAGAGUGGCUCAGGCUGCGGAUGCGAUGCAGGGCCAACGGCCGCAAGAACUGGUCCAUACGCACUCGUUUCGGGCUACGCCUCAGGGGCAAACAUCAUCAGCGAACAAGCUGCACAAAUCACCGCAUUCACAUCAUCGAAACCCUCCGGGGACAAUCGAUACUAAUACCCAAACUCAGGUUAUACGGCCACCGUUUGCACGGAAUAAUACGGGCAUAAUGAUCGUAGACGAUUCUGCGCCGACGUCACCAGCGGGCAUGGAUGAAAGCUUAGUCCCAGGAAUUGAGGAUGGUAUCACACUGGCUGAUAUCCCUCAACUUUUCGAGGCGGCCCAAGCGAGGGAGCAGCAUCGGUCUCUACCACGGCAGAGCUCGAUACCGUUCAUCGCGGAACUCAGCACACUACAACUGGCCAUUGUCAAGCAUUGCGCAGUUCUUGUCCUUCAACGAUCACCACUGCGCGAUCAAUUCGACUUGGACGAGAUUCUAGAAUUGGUUGAGAUCAAAAAGAGCUCGUUCUGGAAGCAACUGUUCAAGCCGGGCAAUGACAAAAAGAACGUGAAGAAGAAAGGGGUGUUUGGCGUUCCGUUGGAACUUCUCGUUGAGCGAGAAGGGGCAGACUCCAUGCUCGGAGCAUCGCGAGCCUCCAUCAAGAUACCCAGUUUCGUCGAUGAUGUAGUGUCUGCCAUGCGUCAGAUGGACAUGUCAAUAGAGGGCAUUUUCCGGCGGAACGGAAACAUCAGGCGACUAAAGGAGUUGACUGACGCGAUUGACCGCGAUCCCUCUUCCGUCGACCUAACACAAGAUAACCCGGUGCAGCUCGCAGCGCUCCUGAAGAAGUUCUUCCGAGAUCUCCCAGAUCCCCUCAUGACGUUCAAGUUGCAUCGGCUGUUCAUUGCAUCACAAUCUCUUCCGACUGAAGCAGAGCGAAUGCGGAUGCUUCAUAUGGUAUCGCUCAUCCUGCCUAAGGCACACAGAGACACCUUGGAAGUCCUGUUUGUUUUCCUGAAGUGGGUAGCGUCAUUUGCGCAUCUGGAUACAGAGACUGGCAGCAAGAUGGAUCUACCGAAUCUGGCGACGGUGAUCUGUCCCAGUAUCCUGUAUGCGCGGGGACGAGAUGCAGUGCGGGACGAGAGCUUGCGAGCGAUUCGCGUCGUUACAACCUUGCUUGAGCGUCAGGAUGAAUUCUAUUGCGUACCGCAGGAGUUCCUGCCCAUAUUGAAGGACCAGGAGUACUUUGCAAAUAGCCUGGAUCUCCCCAGCAAGGACUUCCUGAAGAAGUGCGAUACCUACAUGCGGCUGAAAGCAAGCGGGCGCACUCCUGUGCUGACGUCGCCCGUGUCAGGCGCUUCGCCCUUCACGCCUGGCACGCCCCGACCGGAAGACUCCCGUGCGCUGCCCCCAAGAGCGCAGUCUAACCCGCAACACAUGGACAGGCCACCGAUACCCAACCCGACCUCUUCGGAUGGCAACCUCCGGAACGGCCACCCUCAACCACGACAUCAGGGAUCUGCCCCUCCACUCCAACACGCCCCUUUCUCAUACCCCGCGCCGUCCCCGCCGAAUCUGUCGCCACAGCUCGCGUCUGCCCCAGCGCCCUCAAUGUCCCAGGGCUCACUCGCGCUACAUGCGCCACAGCCCCGCGCGCCGAACGUGCAAGCGAACGAGGAGUGGGCACCGCCCGAGCGGCAGCCGUUCGUCGGGCAGGUGCCAAGCCGUCCGGCGUCGAUGGCGAACUUGAACGCGAACGUCAACGCGGGCGCAUUUGCGCCUGUGCCCGUAGCCCCGCGGAACAGUGGUGACGGCCCUCACCCGUUUGGGGCCAUACCCAAUGGCCAUGCGCAGCCCGCAGUGCGGCAGCGCACCUAACUUUGACUUUGAUCGUAUGAUUCUCCUAGUCGGUUGGUAUAUAUAUUCUAUGCAUGUGGCAUCGCUCUCGGCUCAUCAUGUUGCAUCUUCUUUUCCCCUACUCUCCCGGUUUAUCCCUUCCCGCGCGUAUCUGUACUUCACCAUAUUCCUCCUUCCAGUCCAUUCAUUCUACGUAACCUAUGACACGGACCACCUACCUACUAUACCCGAGCCGCCGCCAGGGCAAUGGAUUGCAGCUUCAAGAGACACUUCUCUCUUUCUCUCUCUCUAGCUGGUUUCUGACAGGUUGACGAGCUCAAUGGUGCAUAUCCGUAGCGUCUGUUUAGUUCCAGGCGGCAUGUAGCAUUAGUAGCAGUUUCCAACGUCUUGCAUCCUCUCUCCUCGCUGAUAUCCUAUCUAAUGAAUUCCCACUGCUAAGAAUGCUGCAAAGUUCUUGUUGGUGCGAUG